GCAGCAAUCUGGCAACGCUAGAAAAUUCGUCGCUACAAUUGCUAACAAGAAAAACGCAAAAGAAAUUUGCUGCUGGUUCAAUCUUUGAAAAUUAUUAAUAUACAAUCUAAGUGAUUUGCAUAUUUGCCCGUAUAUUUAUGCAAGUGGUCGAAACGGAAUAAGCACAUAACUGUGCUUGUGUUUUUACGACGAUAGUGGGUGAAUUGAAAUAUACAAACAAAUACAGACGCGAUUUACAUAUACACACAAACACACAUACGCUUUGUACACCCCCACACAACCCCGUGCUCGUUGCUGCCACCCUACAUUCCGUCUGCUCCCUAGCUCAACUUAAAAUACAGACAAAAAACAAAAAACGGUCCCACGAUGACUGCAGCACCAUAUAACUACAACUAUAUCUUUAAGUACAUCAUUAUUGGUGACAUGGGCGUGGGCAAAUCCUGCCUACUGCAUCAGUUUACCGAGAAGAAAUUCAUGGCCAACUGUCCGCACACAAUUGGCGUUGAGUUUGGCACACGCAUUAUCGAGGUCGAUGACAAGAAGAUUAAACUACAAAUUUGGGAUACAGCUGGCCAGGAACGUUUUCGGGCCGUUACUCGAUCGUAUUAUCGCGGUGCUGCAGGUGCUCUAAUGGUUUACGAUAUAACUAGACGUUCAACGUAUAAUCAUUUGAGUAGCUGGCUCACCGAUACUCGCAAUCUCACAAAUCCCAGCACUGUGAUUUUUCUCAUUGGCAAUAAAUCCGAUUUGGAAAGCACACGAGAGGUGACCUAUGAGGAGGCCAAAGAGUUUGCCGACGAGAACGGACUCAUGUUCUUGGAGGCCAGCGCCAUGACUGGCCAAAAUGUGGAGGAAGCAUUUUUGGAAACGGCACGCAAAAUCUAUCAAAACAUACAGGAGGGUCGUCUGGAUCUAAAUGCAUCUGAAUCGGGGGUGCAACAUCGACCGUCGCAACCAUCGCGGCCAAAUCUCAGCAGCGAGGCAGCACAUGUGAAGGAUCAGUGCUCGUGCUAAAUGUAUUAACUUUAUAUACAUACGCAUAGAUUAUAAUAACAAAAAUCUAACUUUUAUUUUUAGCGCAACUCGUAAUCAUAUUGAUUUCUUAUCUAUCAAAACCAACAUGCAACUAAUAUGCAAUGAAACAAAAACAAAAUCAUGUAUGUAGUUAAAUGAUUGGAUUAAGUCGAAAAAGAAAAGUGUGAACAAAAACCAAAAUAUAUAAACGUCCCCAUAUGACAAACAAACAUUUAGGUAACUAGUAAGUUAAACAUAGAAUUUGAAUAUCUACAUUGUAUUGUUGCAUUAUUUCUAUCUCUCAUUGAUCGUUGGCAUUGUAUUGAAACUGUUUGGAUAUUUAGAAAACCUAAACGUAAAAACGCAAAACCAAAUGCAUAUAGAAAUAUGUUGGAUGUUAGCGAAUAUGUUUCUCAUUUCAAUACUGCAAUACACAAAACAUUUUAUAUUUCUA